AUGCAUUUCACUCCAGCUUUUGUUACUCUUUCCAUACUGUCGGCUUUUGGGGAAGCCGCAGUUAUUGAGAAUGGCAAACGGGCACUUGGCUUGGAGGUGACUCUCGCCCCAGCUGGGAACGCUGCCGAGGUCAUUGCUACCGUGAAGAAUGUUGGUGCUCAAGACUUGAACCUCUUGACACCAGGUACUUUUCUCGACACCGCCCCUGUCCAGAAAUUGAGUGUGGUUGAUGAAGCUGAUGUUGCUGUGCCCUUUACUGGCAUUUUCCGUCGCCUGCAAACCUCUGAUCUUGCCCCAGAGUAUUUCAAAUUCCUUAAGGCUGGCGAGGAAUUCACGACAACGAUCAAUACUGCUGAAGUGCACGAUCUUCAAACAAGUGGCACUUACACCUUUUCUGCUGAAGGAGCUAUGAGAUUUGCCAUCGGAGAGUCAACUGAACUUUCUGGAGAGGCUGUUUCCUUCAAGUCAAACAUAUUGAAGAUGGCCGUCGAUGGCGCCGCCGCUGCUGUUGUCCCCAGAGCAGUUGAUAUGACCUUUGACAAGCGUACGGUGCUUCAAUCCGGAUGCUCAAGCGCACAAUCAGCAUCAACCAGGAAUGCACUUACCAAUUGUGCUGCCCUCGCCAGAGCUGCAUCAACUGCUGCAAUUUCUGGCUCAGCGAGCAAGUUCAGCGAGUACUUCAAGACAACUGCAUCAAGCACACGCUCUACUGUUGCUGCUCGUUUGUCAGCUGUCGCCCGGGAGUGUAGCUCAAGCACUUCUGGAGCUACCAGAUACUACUGCACAGAUGUAUUUGGCGAAUGCAAGUCAAACGUUCUUGCAUACACUAUUCCAGCACAGAAUGUGAUUGUGAACUGCCCGCUUUACUACAGUGCCCUUCCAGCUCUCACGACCACAUGUCACAGACAAGAUCAAGCAACUACCACCUUGCACGAGAUGACCCAUGCUCCAGGAACCUACAGCCCCGGAACUGUUGACAAUGGUUACGGUUAUGCUGCGGCCACAGCUUUGUCGACCUCAAGAGCUGUUGCCAAUGCUGACUCUUACGCACUUUACGCCAAUGCCAUCUACGUCGGAUGCUAA